GGCGCGCUUUGUGGCUAAGUUGUGGCAUUUGUUUACUGUUAAUGAGUUGCGCUUCGUGUCGGCUCGCGCCUUUUGUGUUUGUUUUGUGUACGCUUACUAAACUAUUCAUAUAAUUUAUCGCGUCGAAAUUAAUGCCAAAUUUCGUUUGUUCAUUGAAUUGAGUGAUUCAAGCGAUUCAAGCGAUUUGAGUUUUGCGUGCCGUUGAAGGUGUUUUGGUGAUUGUGAAUUUUGUAAACGAGCGUGGACAUGAAGAGGUUUUGGAAUCUGCUGUAUUUCACCCUGUUGUGGCUGGGAACUAGCGUGCGAGCGCAUAGUUCGUUUUAUCGACGCGCUUAUUACAGUCCCAUCUCCUCAUCACCCACCCACUACUUCACCUCACAUCCCGGCAGUCAUGAGUUCAUGCCACUCUCGUAUGCUAGCGAUCUGCAUACCGAAGAGAGCAAACGCAAGGAAUCACCGAAGAAAUAUGCAAAGAAAAUCUCUUAUCGUCAUGUAGCUUCGGAGGAAGAAGACAAUUCCAGUGAACGCUAUGGUUCCAGUGAAUUCUCGAAUGAAGCGCAUAACUUCAACUCGAAGGAGAAUGAUAGUCGCGAAUAUACGAUUGGUACACAAAUACGCGUACAACACCCCAUAACUGUGCCCAAAAAGACCACUUCUUCUCACCCGAAAUACAGCACACAUUUGCCCAAUCAUUACAAAAGCACGACCUAUGCGGAUGUAAAUCUAUCGACCGAAGCACACGAUACAAAGUUACCGCCAUCUAAGAAACACAUUCACCAUCACAAAUAUACACAAUUCUAUGAACCGGAUCCCUUCCAUAUGGUAUCCCCACCGAAACCUACACACUCUUCCGUCUCACCGACACCCAGUCUUAGUUACAAUGUGUACGAACCCGAACAGGAUGAAUACAAUGUACAUCCAUCAAGUUCUAGUAGAGCUAAAGCUCAGCUGCGUGAUCGUUUCAAGGGUGUGGCAUCACAGAAGCAAAUUGAAAAAUAUUUGGAAGAUCAACAAAAGCUACUCGAUGAAGCGCUUAAGCUGCAAUUGCUUAAUAAUCCGAAAUUUCAACAUUUGAUGAAAUCGAAAGAUGUCGAACACCAUUAUGAUGAGGGUGAAUUUGAGGAAUUGCCCAUCGAUCCACAACCUCCACCAAUUUAUCGUCCCACUUUCGAUGACAAUUUAACUUUCAAGUCGAAUCGCGUACAAAGACGUCCAAAAGGUGCCGAAUUGAAGCGUUCACCCAAGUCACCGAAGCCACCAUUGUCCGUAGUUGGUACGAGUAAGCGGCGAUUUCGCCCAUCACUUGUCAUCAAUGUUUGAGAAUGCCGAGGUCCAUUGGACGUUUUUACGUUAAAAAGUGUAUAUUAGGUUUAGGUUUUGUGCACCUAACGGUGCUUUGCGAUUUUUCUAGU